CGCUGUGGCUGACAGAUACCCUUGUCUCCGCUUUGGCCCUUCUCAACUCUAGACUCUCAAUUUGCACUGAGAUACCAUUUAACGAAAAAUCAAAUAAGUAUCGGCUUCAAACUUUUCAUCUCCUCAUCUUCAUCUUCCUCCAAUUGUCUGACGGUUGAGCAAUGCUUACCUUAAGCCUCAAUUCGUCAUUCUCUUCUUACCCCGAAUUCUCUGCUUGGCAUUCCUUCAGCCGGAGGAGCAUGAGAUCACGAAUUCGUUCUCCGUGCUUGACGAGCAAGAGUUUAGGGUUCUGGAGUUUGCCAAAGGCGGUUCUGAGCGCGGAUAGGGCAGUUGAAAGCGGAGGUGGGAAGGGUGAGGAGGCGGAAGAGUAUGACGCGAUCGUGAUCGGAUCGGGAAUCGGGGGGUUGGUGGCAGCCACGCAGCUCGCCGUUAAGGGGGCCAGGGUUUUGGUGCUCGAGAAAUACGUUAUUCCUGGUGGAAGCUCUGGUUUCUACGAAAGGGACGGCUUCACUUUUGAUGUCGGCUCAUCCGUCAUGUUUGGGUUCGGCGAUAAGGGUAAUCUGAACUUAAUUACACGAGCAUUGGAAGCUGUUGAUAGCAAGUUGCAGGUCAUACCCGAUCCUACUACUGUUCACUUUCACCUUCCAGAUAACCUCUCGGUUUGCGUACAUAGGGAAUAUGAUACAUUCAUUUCAGAACUUGUUAACUAUUUUCCGCAUGAGAAGAAAGGGAUACAUAGAUUUUAUAAUGAGUGCUGGAAGAUCUAUAAUUCGUUGAAUUCAUUGGAACUCAAGUCAUUGGAGGAGCCCAUAUAUCUUCUUGGACAGUUUUUCAAGAAGCCUUUUGAGUGUCUGACACUUGCUUUCUAUUUGCCUCAAAAUGCUGGUGAUAUUGCUCGAAAAUUUAUAAAAGAUCCUCAAUUGCUGUCCUUCGUUGACGCUGAGUGUUUCAUUGUGAGCACAGUCAGUGCUCUGCAUACACCUAUGAUAAAUGCAAGCAUGGUUCUUUGUGAUAGACAUUUUGGAGGUAUCAAUUACCCUGCUGGUGGUGUUGGUGGUAUAGCAAAGGCUUUGGCAAAUGGACUAGUUAAUAGGGGCAGUAGACUACUUUAUAAGGCAAAUGUGACGAACAUUGUGCUCAAAGAUGGAAAAGCUGUGGGAGUGAGGCUAUCAGAUGGAAGGGAGUUCUUCGGCCAAACUGUGAUAUCAAAUGCAACUAGAUGGGAUACAUUUGGUAAAUUGUUGAAAGUUGAUGACAUUCCGCAAGAGGAGAAAAACUUCCAAAAAAUCUAUUUGAAGGCACCAUCAUUUCUCUCCAUUCACAUGGGAGUCAAAUCAUUCAUUUUGCCUCCUGUUACAGACUGUCACCAUUUCAUUCUAGAGGACACCUGGGAUAGGUUAGAGAAGCCUUAUGGAAGCAUCUUUUUGAGUAUUCCGACAGUUCUUGAUCCGUCUUUGGCUCCUGAAGGACAUCACAUUUUUCAUAUAUUCACAACAUCAAACAUAGAAGAUUGGCAGGGUUUAUCUCGUAAGGAAUAUGAAGCAAAGAAGGAACUUGUGGCUGAUGAAAUCAUCAGCAGGCUUGAAAAGAAACUAUUUCCUGGUCUCAAGAAUGCUGUGGUGUUAAAAGAGGUGGGCACGCCAAAAACUCAUAGGAGAUUUCUUGCCAGGGAUAGUGGUACCUAUGGCCCAAUGCCACGAAAGGUGCCUAAAGGUUUGCUUGGGAUGCCUUUUAAUACUACGGCAGUUAGUGGUCUUUACUGUGUUGGCGACAGCUGCUUUCCAGGACAAGGAGUUAUAGCUGUUGCUUUUUCUGGAGUAAUGUGUGCUCAUAGAGUUGCUGCUGAUCUUGGGUUAGAGAAAAGAGCUCCAGUUUUGGAUGCUGCCCUCUUACGUCUUCUUGGGUGGCUAAGGACAAUUGCAUGAGGAGAGUGGAUUGAUAAUCUCAGGCGUGGUGUACUUCUCUACUUGAUGACAAAGCCCAGCAGUUCUUCAUCUAGCGGCACAGGCCAGUUGUUGAUGGGCUGCUGAUGCAACGUUGCCAUUUCCUGCCAGCUUAAGGCGCUGGAGCUGAAGAUCUAAUAGAGAGUGGGGGAGAUCAGACUAGUCAUGAAAGUCCGCAGAAGUCAGAAGGAAAGUCAGGCUUCUACCUAAAAUUUGAGAAUAGAAAUGGAAAGUUUCAAUCAAUGCCACAGAGCAGGCUACUGCUUUUGCCCGCCUUAUAAAGCUGUCCACCUACCAGGUAAGGUUAAACAAUGUCGUGCAUGUGAGGGAAUUCAUGCUCAAACUUACAUUCAUCUCCCUAAACAUCUUGCAAAUUACAAAACUGAAUUUAUUUAUUUAUUUUAUUUCAUUUCCCAAUAGGCAGGUGUGACACGAAAAACAUUCGAUCCUG